AUGACCAAUCCGCUGAGAGUAAUUCUCAAUGGUCUCAUGCCAUUUAUGACUCCGGGGUCCAACUUAGAAAAGGAAUCCACCAAUGAUCCAGAUGUGACUGAGAUUGAGGUUGAAAGUACAUCUGUUUCAGAGCAGCCGAGUCAUGCUCUGGAACAGCCCGGGUCGGGUCAAGAACCAGAGUCUUUAGACGAGCCAAAUGUUUUGUCUGUUGAUACUCAAAAAGACUCUGUCAUUCCGAAUAAACGUCCACAAAACGAGAAGGAAGAUUCCAAAGUGAGAAAAUUGCGGUCUCGAGACAAGUCAUCUGCACAAGCAAACCCGGCCCUGUUUCACUUCAAUUUGGAUGAAAUAAAGCAACAGUACUCUGAAAAAUGGGAACAACCACUCCGACUGGUGUUUGAAAAAAGCCCCCAAACUACAACUAUAACUAAAAGUAAAGAGCCGGAAACACCUAGUCCCUCUGAAGUUCCAAGACCCAGGAUCGAAAAGUAUGUUCCGGAAUGCAAACCUCGACUGCCAAGUACUCGUUCAGAUAUUGAUCCUUUACGCGACGAGCUCUAUGAAGUCUAUCACCGUAGAAUGGAACGUGAUGAAAAGGGUAUACAACGAAUCGAGCGUGAGAGGACAGCUCUCGAAGUGGAUGCAAUGAUAGCUCAAAAAGAACUACUUGAAGGACUUUCUUGGCGACGGGAUAUCCUACGAAUAACGGCUAUAGUUAAUCCUAAUGACCAGGAAGAACUUGAGCUCAAGAGAAAGCUCACUUUGAAAGAGAUUGAAAUGUACUUAGAAAGAUAUCAAAUUUGGAAGAAAAAAGAACUACAAGCUCGGACUAAUAAGGAUUCUAUGACACCCAGUACUAGUUCAAUGUCACCACAACCGAAAAUGAUAUUGCGAUUACCAACUCUCCAAGGAUUAGCUAAAAGAAGUGAAUCUCAAUCAGCAAGUCCAUCUCCGACUCCGAGACCAACUGUUUCCUCAAAAAAUAUAUCUAGCAUUACUCCGGAGUCUCGCGGACAGUCAGCACCAAAAACAUUCACAUCGUUUUUCCGUCCUUAUACAGUACGGCCGCGAUUCGACCAGCUGGUUCGACGCAAUCACCGGAAAAGCGAACUCCUUGCAUUUGGCCAGCAAAUUCCCGAUAUGAUAACCAUGGAUUUCGAUAUUCCCUCGGAAUGGAAAUCUUGGAAAGAAUAA